CUGGGCCGGGGAGGGGCCUGGCAGGAGCCGCAGAGGCGGUUUUGCUCCCCCCGCACCUCUCAGAGCCGCGCAGGGUGCGGGGGCCGAGCAGAACCGCACCGCCCGCAGCUGAUCGGGCCGGGGGCGAACAGAGCGGAGGGACCCCGGGCUGGGGACUGGGGAGUCGGUCGGGGACAGCUGCCGGGGAGGUCUGCUGGCCUGCCAGGAGGAAAGGAAGUGUCAAAAAAAACACGGGAAGCUCAUCACCUUCCUCCGUACAUUCAUGAAGUCGCGCCCAACGAAACAGAAACUGAAACAACGGGGGAUCCUGAAGGAAAGGGUGUUUGGCUGUGACCUGGGAGAGCAUCUUCUCAACUCUGGCCAUGAUGUCCCCCAGGUCCUCAAGAGCUGCACGGAGUUCAUUGAGAAACAUGGAAUUGUGGAUGGGAUCUAUCGUCUGUCUGGGAUUGCUUCCAACAUCCAGAAGUUACGCCACGAGUUUGACUCGGAGCAGAUUCCUGACCUGACAAAGGAUAUUUACAUCCAAGACAUCCACUGCGUUGGCUCCCUCUGCAAACUGUACUUCCGUGAGCUCCCAAACCCUCUCCUGACCUACCAGCUCUAUGAGAAGUUCUCAGAUGCAGUUUCUGCUGCUACAGAUGAAGAAAGGUUGGUUAAAAUCCACGAUGUCAUCCAGCAGCUGCCCCCUCCCCACUACAGGACACUGGAGUUCCUAAUGAGACACUUAGCUCGUCUGGCUGAUUACUGCUCCAUCACAAAUAUGCACACGAAGAACUUAGCAAUCGUCUGGGCUCCCAACCUCCUAAGAUCAAAGCAGAUCGAGUCUGCCUGCUUCAGUGGGACAGCUGCCUUCAUGGAGGUGAGGAUCCAGUCAGUAGUUGUGGAAUUCAUCCUGAACCACGUGGAUGUCCUCUUCAGCUCCAAACUCAGCUCAGUCAUACGGGAUGGAGCAGGGCACAGUUCCUUAUCACGGCCCAAGUCUUUGUUGGUGUCCUCUCCUUCCACGAAGCUGCUCACCCUGGAGGAGGCCCAGGCACGGACACAAGCCCAGAUCAACUCUCCCAUUGUAGCAGACAGCAAAUACAUAGAAGUGGGAGAAGGCCCUGCAGCUUUACAGGGGAAAUUCCACACGGUUAUUGACUUCCCAUCUGAAAGAAAAAGACCACCCAGCAAGAUGAAGAAGUCCCCAGUGGGCAGCUGGCGUUCCUUCUUCAACCUGGGAAAGUCCUCCUCUGUCUCCAAACGCAAACUCCAGCGCAAUCCCAGUGAGCCCUCAGAGAUGAAAGCCAUAGCCCUGGCAGGUGGCCGAGGAGACAGCGGGACCCUUCGCUCAGCUAAAAGCGAGGAAUCUCUGACCUCUCUGCACGCUGUUGAUGGUGAAUCGAAGCUGUUCCGACCCAGAAGGCCUCGGUCCAGCAGCGACGCGCUGUCCGCUUCCUUCAACGGAGAGCUCCUGGGGAACAUGAACCGCUGCAAUUCUUAUGACAACCUUCCCCACGAUGACAGUGAUGGGGACGAGGGGCUCAUCCACGUUCCUGCCCUCAUCUCUCCUCGAUCUGCUGAAGAUGUUGACCUGAGCCCCCCGGAUAUCGGAGUUGCCAGCCUGGAUUUUGACCCCAUGUCUUUUCAGUGCAGUCCACCCCAAGCGGAAUCCGAGUGCCUGGACAGCAGCACCUCCCUGCUAGAGUCAAUCGGAAUCAAUAAGGAGAAGCCAAGCCUCCUAAAGAGGGAUUUUGAGUCAGGCAGCCAGUCCCAGACACCAGGCAGUGCCACGAGCUCUGAGCCGGUCUCCCCUUUCCAAGAGAAGAUGAGUCCCUUCUUUACUCUGGACCUGAGCCCAACUGAGGAGAAGGCCAGCAAACCCCAAGCCUUCUCACCCAAGAUGGGGCGGAAGCCCAUCAAAUCUCCACCCCUGACUGCAUCAGAACCUGUCUCCUUCACACUGCCCAGCCGCAUGGCGGAAGCGAUCGGAGGAGUGCCCAUCACACCCAGAAACUCCUCUGCUUCCAGCUGGAGCAAAGGAAUUGGCAUCACUGAAAUCACAAACAGGUCCCCAACCCAGAUGUCCUUGCCCCUGAAAAACAGUGAAUCAGAAGCAGGGGAAGGAGCCCACCGAGAGCUGCAGCAUGCCCAGCUGGUGGCUGCUGGCAAACCAGAGUUGCCAGAAGAAGGGGAGAGACCAAUGUCAAGCAGUCAGAAUAAGACUGUACCCUCUGGACACACUCAGCCAGGAGCAGUUGCCCUCGACUCCCCCCAGGAUCCUGUUCCCGUCAGUUCUGUGUCUCUUAUCCCUCCUCCUCCUCCGAAAAAUGCAGCGCGCAUGCUCGCCCUAGCGUUAGCCGAGUCCGCACAGCAAGCGUCUGCUCAGUCUCAGAAAAGGCCAGGAGAUGCUCAUUCUGAAAGCACAAAUUGUGGAGAGGCUGAAGCUGGCACAGCUCUAGAAAAGCUCCAUCUCUCUGCUGGUGCUCCAGACAAGCUCCACCUGUACACUGGUCUGCCUGAGAACUGCCUUCACUUCCAGACCGGUGCACCACUAGAGCAGGAUUUCCAAGGUAGCAGCAGCACACCCGGGGAGCAGAACCACCCACCCGGUGCACCUGGAAACCGGGACCCCCCACCUCUCCACCCCAGCAUGCCUGGGGACAUGCCUGGUAGCAGAGAUGCAGAGCAGGAGCAGCCCAGCUUCCAUCCUGGUAAAGCAGGGGACAAAGAUCUCUUCCCUUCCCAUGGCGGGGACUGGGAGCACCCAGCCCAGCACCCUGCAGGUGCACUGCCUGACUGGGAACCACCCACAGCAGAGGUGUCUCUAGAUAAGCCCCACCUCCACACACGCCUGUCUGGGGACAAGCACCACGUUCCUAUCUGCACAGCUGAUGACAAACUUCAGUCUCCUCCUGUCCUAACUGCUGGGGAGAAAAGCACCCCAGCUCCAAUGCCGUAUUUAACCACCAUCCCACCAGCAGCAGCAGCAGAGCCCAACUGCAGGACACCGGCGGCUCCGGCCGCAGCUCCGGCAGACGUCACCGUUCUCCCCGCACAGCGCCCGCUCGCCACCGGCCAGCCCGGCCCGGCCCCCAGGCAGGACCACCAGGCAGCAACAGGACAAGUGCCAGCAGCCAGCACAAAAGCCUCAAGUGGCUCCAACCAGGUUUGGGGCACAACUGCACCUGAAAAGCCACCUGAGCCUGCUCCUGGGUUUGUUCCAGAAAGCGGUUGUACCACCCGCUGCUCCUCUUCUGUGCCCUCAAGCCACCAGAGCCAUUUGGAAAAGCCUCGGGAGACCACCAGGGCUCCACCACUUCACCUGCGGUCCGAAUCCGUCCCCACUCACUCCUCCUACAGCUUUACACCCCCCGUCCCGCCCGUCAGAACACUGGAGAGCAAAAUUGCUGCUGCCAUGCACUCAAACAACACGGAUGCCAUCAACAACUCCAAUUAUCACGCCUUCCUCUCCUCCUCCAUGCUGGCCUCCUCUGUGGAGGAAGCUCUGCUGCCACCCCCACCGCCUCCCCCACCCAAGCACUCUUCCUUGCAGUCUGUGUACGUGCCACAUCCCAAGCCUGAGAGCAUCCCCGAGCCCUCUGGGCCGGACAGCUACCUGCACCACAAGGCAGCCUCCAUCCAUCAGUACAGGCCUGAGAGCGUCCCUCCCCACAUCUCCUACCACCCGAAGCCCGACCAGCACCAGGCCUACCCCCCUCGCUCAGAGACACCCACUGCUGCCAACACUCGCUACAACACCUACACCACCCAGGGGAAGAGCACCUCGACUCUCCACUCCAAGCCUCGGAGCCGGACAGAGUUUGUGUCCUCCGUCAGCCCCACGGGCCUGCGCAACGCCAGCUACGCCGAGGAGGCUCCCCCGUACCCCACCAUCCGCAGGGUUCAGUCACUGCACGUCCCCACGCCCGCUGCCUCCACCAUCCGCUCCGUCCCCAUUUCUCGGACCGAGGUGCCUCCGGACGACGAGCCGGUGUACUGCCCGCGGCCCCUCUACCAGUACAAGCCAUAUCAGCCCCACUCCGACUACCACGUCACUCAGCUACAGCCUUACUUUGAGAACGGGCGGGUGCAUUACCGCUACAGCCCGUACUCCAGCUCUUCUGGAUCCUCUUACUACACCACCGCUGACGGGAGCUUUUACGACCUGGACCCCUACAGCACCGUGCGGGUUCGGCCCUUCCACCCCCUGCCCAGCAGAGACUUUGCAUCCUAUGCCUCCCGCCUGCAGAGCAAAGGGCUGUACCGCUACCCCGGCCUCUCCGCCUACCCUCGGGGCGGCCUCAUCAGCCACCUGGCAGGCAAAGAGCACAGCUUCGUCAGCAGAGAUGUGCCUCCUGCCCCUGACAUCAAGCACAUGUACAUGUCCUGGGACCUGGAGGACAUGGAGAAGUACCGCAUGCAGUCCAUUCGCCGGGAGAGCCGCACGCGCCAGAAGGUGAAGGGGCCGGUGAUGUCCCAGUACGAUAACGUGGCCCCGCUGCUGCAGGAGGAGCUGGGGGGCCUGGAUGUGAUUCACCUGCGCAGCAAAUCGGAUCCUGGGAAAACCGGGCUCCUCACUGUGGCGGAAGGGAAGGAGGGGAGGUACCCGGCCAAAGCGGCUACACCUGAGGGGGAUGAGCGCUACUACAUGCAGCACCCCGAGCCAGAGCUGGAGAGAGCCCACUACCACGGGGCCUAUGGGAACGGGCAGGCGGAGAAGCCAUCCCUCCCCCAGAAGCAGAGCAGCACCCGGAGCAGGAAGCUCCAUGAGCCAGGCUGCAACACAAACGAACACAGGACACACUUGCAGCAGGAAGCAAGCCAUAGGCAGCCUUCCGAAUCAAAAAACGGGCCCCCUUAUCCCGAGUACAGGCCCAAAGGUGGUCCAGAGCCAUCUGACCCCAUCACUUACCAGCACUCGGGUGCGAAGUACAUCCCGGCGACCCAGGAGACCCUGAGACUGAACCACAAGGAGGUGAGGUUGGCCGAGGACAGGCCAGAUUUGGAGAGGUCUCGAGCCAGGCCAACCACAUCCAUGGAGAAACACUCCAGAGACUGCUACAAAGAGGAGGACCACACCGCCUCUCCCAUGGCACCACCCCCCAAGCCCGAACGGAGCCACAGCCUCAGAAUGCAGCACCCCGAAACCAUGGAGAGGGACUCUGCCCUCCUCUACCCCUACCAAACCCUUGGCAAACGCCAAAGCACUAUGACUGUGGUGUCCCAGUAUGAUAAUUUGGAGGAUUACCAUACCAUGCCUCAGCACCAAAGAGGGGGCUAUGUUGGAGGAGGGGGCUUUGUGCCCCCCAGCUUUACCCACGUGCACAGUAGAACUUAUGCCACGGCCCUCGGCCAGGGAGCUUUCCUCCCGACGGAGCUGUGUUUGCAGAGGCCUGAAACAGAGGUCCAUGUUGAGUGAGCUGGUUGGGUGGGGGGAAGGAGGGAUAGAGUCUAAGCAGCCUCUGCUGGACAGUGGACUGUUUUAUUUUUUCAGUGACGGAAAAAAACAAAAAAAGAAACAAGCAAACCCCAACCCUACCCCGAUGAGCAAAGCGAGCCCCACCUUCAGCUCCCCCCCUCCCCAGCCCAUCACUCAGUGUUUUUAUGUAGUAGAGAUAGAGCUUUUUCAUGUAGUUUUGAGACAACUGGAAGGCUAGGGCAGGUUGUUGGCAUGCAGAUAUUGCCAGAGAGGCCAGGCAGAGCUGAAAGAUGCUGUUGGGACAGGGAGGGAAGAAAAAGGAGCUUUUCCUUCCUCAGGUUUGACGUUGGCAGUUGCCAUUGAUCCUCACCACGCAUGAUGGACCCUGCAUGCAGCUGUUCCCCCUGUGUAGACAGUUGCCCUUCCCACUGCCAGCUUCCAAGAGAGGAGCUCCAGGACAUGCCUGGGAAGAACCCCUCUGAGGUUAGUCAGCACGAGUGGGCUAAAAGCUGGGCAGGAGGGAAAGACUUCCCAAGUAUUUUCUUCUAGAUAAAUGCUGAGGUCCUGCCUCUCCCUUGAAAAUGAAUGCUUAGGUGCAGUGGUUCCACUUCAGUUGCUUUGAAGUGGGAGGGAGCUUGUUUUGACUUCAAGCCUGUGGACUAGGCUCUGAAGCAAGUUCAAAAUACAAUGCACUUUUGAAAUUGUCUGCUUAACGAGCUGCUUCUGGCUAUGAGAACUCAAAUGACUUUAAAUGUCUCUAUUGUCAGCAGAGGGCAGCUAUGGAAGCCAAGUAGAGCAGGUUUGUAUUUGUCAUACCAAAAGAAAACAAAACACGAAACCACACCAAACCAUACACACAGAGUUAGGAACAGCACAGCCCUUUCACGCCAAGUCCUCUUUACUGCUGGGCUAUCUAAAGUCCAGACCAUUUAAUACCAUGUGGCUGGCCAGACAGUGUCCCCUCCUAAAAAUAAACAAAAAAACAACCAAAAAAGCCCAAACCUAUAAAAAUAAUUUUAAAAUCUCUAUAGCAUUUUAUGCCCAGCUUGUAAAUUGGAGCCCAACUUACCAGCUGGGAAUGACUGUGCAAGUGCCAAGUUUACCUGCAUGACCAGCUACUCACCCUGGGCCAGAUCCCGCAGCUCUUGGAUCAGAGACUGCUCCUUCUGACCUCUGAAGAUUUCUAGGCCAUGGCUUUCUGUGCCCUUCAAGUUGUGUUGGCAAGGAGACCCUUUUGGAGUCGUGGCACACAGAGUUAGUUCUGUGUUGUCUGUGCACUGUGGAACUGGAACCCCUCCCCUGCUGCUUGUGGGGCUUGUGCCAGUGUUCAGCCAGCUGUAGAGACGGAAGGCCAGUGCACUCUGUAACACACCAGUAACCUUCUGCUGGAUAUUUAAAUGCUUUCUGUGUUGUAAGAGAAGCCAGGCAGCAUCUCAGCCUUCCCAGGACUCACUACAACCCCCACCCCCCUUUCUAAAGCACAUCCAUCUCAUUAGAAAGAGCUAGCAAGCAAUACUUGAGAUGUAGGAGGUUUUUUUUAUAAAUGUUCACCAAGAAAUUCCAAGGCCAUUUCUCUUUUGUGUGGUAGAAGAAGUUCUCUACCCAUUUUUGAAUCUAAUGUUUGAAUAAAAAACCAGGAGGUUCUGCAGUUAGCAUAAAGCUGUGAAAGUUAAAGGGAACUAAAUGGGUAUUUUUGGACAAAAGUUUCAUGGCUAUUUUGAGGCUUUUAAAUCAAGGAAAACUUGCUUCUAGUAGUUAGCUAGUACUUAGGUGUUUGCUUCUUUUAAUCUUGUUAGCCUUGUCUGGGGCUGUUUCAGUGACACUACCUUACGGUCCUGUUCUAUUGUGCAAUGUUGUUGUUUUAAGCAUUUUGGUUAGAAGACUUGUCCUUUCAGGUUAUGGAAAUAGAUCUGACAGCCAGGGG